UCGCUCAGUGCGAGUAAACGUCUGACGCGUUGGGUUUGGAUUUCUCGUUUUCGAUCUAGUGGGUUUCCAUGGCAAACGAAAAAAAGGCUAAAAAUAAAAAUCGUGAGGAUAAAAUUGCGGUACCGGCAUCUUCAACCAUGGCGCGAAAAGCUAAAGCUUCCAAGAAAAUUGAAGUACCUCCGAGUCCCCCAGAAAAUGAACAACCAUUUUCUCCAUCAGAUGAAGAUGACGAAGACAGAGAAGUAGAUGAAGAGGAAGAGAAAGGGAAAGAAGAUAUCGAUGAAGGAGUUGUUGACGAAGAAGACGAAGAUGAAGGCGAAGAGGAAGACGUAGAUGAAGACGCAGAUGUAAAUGCAGAUGAAGAUGAAAUUGAAGAAGAUAAAAACGGAGCUCCCUUAAGUUGGCCAAAAAGCGACACUUUAGAUCUUGUGGAACGUAUUCGGAAAGCUUGCCCAAAAGACGAUGCGAUGAAGUACGAUUCUCGCGUAAACCACGUUGAUUGGGAAGCCAUUAAGUUUGGGGAAUAUUCUGCUGACCAGUGUAAAACUCGUUGGCUGGACAUUCAAGCUCAUCUAAGACACUAUCGGCUACUUAGUGAAGUUUUAACAGAUGCUGUGACAUGGGUAGAUAGGCCAUGGCAUAAUUUCAACAAAGGGGGAAAAAAUAAUCAGAAGCAUCCUGAUCAGCCCAAAAAACCCCUUACAUCUUACAUGCUGUUUUAUAUGGACCAAAAAGAUUCAAUUUUGGAGAAGCAGCCAGGUCUUGGAAUGACGGAACUGAGCAAGAUCAUUGCAAAAAUGUAUCACGAACUUAAUGACCGCAAGAAACAGAAAUAUGCUGAAAUGGCUGAAAAAGAAAAAGAAGCAUACCUGGAAAAAAUGAAGAAGUUCACGGAGGCACACCCUGACUAUGUCGUUCCCAAAUCUAAGCAAAGUUCCAAGCCAGUUCCACCAAAACUACCCACGCCCUUUAAAUUGUUUAGCGAUGACAAAAUGGCAAAGUUGUUGGCGCAAGGAAUGACAGUAACUGAGGCUAAAGAACGUUGCAGAGAGGCCUAUAAGGAAUUGAAGGAUAAGCAAAAAUUGAAAUGGAUUUAUCAAGCUCUAGAGCAUGAAAUCAAGUACAACGAGGAGAUGGAAAACUUUAAAGCGAAGUACCCUGACGUGGAAGCUUCAGCCAAGAAACCGAGUCUUCUUACCAAAGAUGAACUGCAGAUUAAACAUAAACAUGAAGGAAAACCAGAUAAGCCACCCAAUUCUGGAUACAGUUUGUUUUCGAAAAAACUGCUAAGUAGCAACGCGCUCAAGCAGUUUGAAUCAAAGGAGAGGAUGACAGAAAUUUCACGGCUUUGGAAAGAACUCAGUGAUGAUGAAAAAGCAGCGUACAACGCCAAAGCCACACAGUUGAACCACUUGUACAAGAUGAAAUAUGCUUCUUAUCUUGAGACACUUACACCUGAGCAAAGAAAUGCAGAAUUAAUAAGUUCUGUAAGCAAGAAUAUAAAAAGAGUUUCUGGUAAAAAAGGAGAAGAAGAGCCGGCAGACAAAAAAAUCAAAAUUAGUCUACCACAUGGUUUGGAGCUCUCAGACGCAGAGAGCGAUGAUGAUGUUGGCAGUGACGAGGAUGACUUUGAACUUCCUCCGAAAACAGCAAUCCAAAAACCUAACUCUUCGCUGCAAAUGUUUUGCGAUACCAACAUGGAUAAGUACACCACCAAACACCCCAAACUGACAAAACAGGAACUAACCAGAUUGAUGGCCAAAGAAUUCGCUAAAUUAAGCGAAGAGAAAAAGAAAAUUUAUGGAAACAUGGCACAGAAAUCCAAAAAUGAAAUGCCGUCUUCCACCAAAAAGGCAGCAAACACGGCCUCAAAGGCUAAGACAGCGAAAGCAACAGCAACUUCAAAAAAGGCAGCCGCAAAAUCAGUCACCACUGCUACCGUAAAAUCCCUCGAACCAACCGUUUCCCCGUCUAAAAAAUCCACGGCUAAAAGCGAAGUACAAGCUGCCAAGUCGCCUUCAAAAAUUAAACCAUCCUUAAAUGCCAACGCAAAAUCCUCGACACAAAAGGAAUCUUCAAAGACACCAAAAGUCCCAUUGUGGGCAGCGAAUCAAGUGCUGUUCAAUACCGAAAAGACGAAGGAACCACCGAAAGUACCAGAGAGCGCUGCGGCAUACUAUGCGUAUACUCAACAUUCCAAGGACGGAGAUGUUAGCGCAGCUGAAAUUGACACUUUGUGGGGAAAGGUGCCAGAGAAGCAAAAGAAUAAAUGUAUAGAGGAGCAUAAGAAAAAGCAGAAAGAAUACGUAGCGAAUUUCGAAAAGUUUGUUCGGUCGUUGAACACAGAGGAACUUAAAGCUUAUCGGGCGUUCAUGAAGAAACGCGAACAGGCUCAGAAAGCGGCCAAAGAUGCUAAAACGGACGAAAGUUCUGACGAAGAAGCUGAUCCGGGUAGUUCAAAUGAAGAAGAAGGAAGUGCUGCAAGCACAGACGAUGAACAGCAAAGGUCUUCGGAGGAAGACUGAAACCUACCGGUGGAAAAGUGUCAUUGAAAAAAUAAGUUAUGUGUAGAAUUUCACCAGUUGUAAAUCCGCAAUUGUCAUGAAGUGCCUGUAGUACUUUUUAAGUUGACGGCCGUUACAUUGGUUUUCAAUGUUGAUUGUUUAAUCCGGAAAUGGGGAUAUUAUAAAUUCCCUGAUGGUUCAAGCGUUUUAUUUCCGCAAGGACAAUGACCAAGAAUUUGUAACGUGUAAGAAUCGUUUUUUAAGUUUCAGUAAACUGAUUUCAUUCAA